CCCGGUACUCCUAACAUAUCCUCAACGAUUGGCUCUAGCACGUCACGUGAUUUGAUGUCAAAAUGGCGUCUCCGAAUGGAGCUGAGGACUUUGAGUCAUCGUUGCUGAGUUAUGAAAAGCUUGAUCGCGCUUCACCUGACCUCUGGCCAGAACAAUUGCCAGGAGUUUCAGAGUUUGCUGCUUCAUUUAAAAAUCCAAUAACAAAUUCUCCACCCAAGUGGAUGGCAGAACUGGAGUCAGAAGACAUUGAAAUGUUGAAAGAGCUGGGAAGUCUGACCACAGCAAACCUGAUGGAAAAAGUCAAAGGGCUGCAGAACUUGGCAUAUCAGCUUGGCUUGGAAGAGUCCAGAGAAAUGACGAGAGGGAAAUUCCUGAACAUCUUGGAGAGGCCGAAAAAAUGAAGACGGAGGGAGGGACUGAUUGUGUCUGGACCUAUAUCAAGUGACUUUGUAGCAAAAUAACCGUGCCAUGAUCUGUAACAUCUGUAAGCUUAGCUGGAUAAAUUUAUUUAUAUACGCAGAGUUACCAGUUUAUUAGGUACAUAUGCAGGUAUCAACCAUUUUAUCAGGCAAACCUACCAUGUAGGUGCAUUGUCUAGAUAUAUAAUUAUUCUGUUUAUAUGUACAGUUUGUUAUCUGCCAUCUUUCCCCUCUUCCCCGACUGGGAAAGGACCACAGUAGGACUAUUGCUGACCAGGUAUCAUUCAAAUGGGCAACCAUUUUCAGCACAGUAGUGACACUGAGCUAGUAGUAGUGUUGUGCUGGUGUGUAGAAGGUGCAGCAGUGUUACUGGGGAUUUAAACAUCUCCAUGUUGCUGCUGGCUUCAGAAACGGAUAAAGAACUGAUAUAUAACACAAGCUAUAGUCUGUAACUGUACACCUACAAGCUGGGCCAAGCAGCUGGUGUUUGUAAUGAAGUGGCCAGUAAAAAUACAGUGUUUAAAAACACAAUCAGUGCUGCUCUGCCUGAUACUCAUAACAGCACAACGCAUGCUAUGUCCGUGUCGCUGCCGUGCCAAGGUCCAACCCCCACGUUGUAUCUGCUCAGCAGUGGUCUUAUGGUGGUUCUUUCCCAUUCGUGGAUGAGGUUUAGCAACAGAUGAGAUACAGUCUCUAAUUGUAUGCCUACAAAAGUGAACCCUAUGUGGAUGGGGUACCUGAUAAAAUGGCCAAUGGGUGUAGUUACAGGCAUGGUGAACUGAUGCAAGUUCCUGUACAUGUACUAUAAUGUGUAAAAUAUUUUUUGAUUGUUCUUUUUCCUUAAUUAAAUGCCUUUUUUUUUUUGUUCAUUUCUGCUCUAUAUUUAUUGACUGACUAAAUUGCUCGUCUUAUUUCCAGUUAACACAAUUUUUGAAUUCCUUUCAAUUAUUAAUGGGUUCAAACUUGUUAUAACAUUUAAAAGCUACUACUAUAUCUUGUUUGUUUUGUUGAUAUUUAUUCUGUUCCUUUUAAACUUCAGCAAGAUGUAAUAAAAUGUCUCGUGACUCUCCUAAAAAGUAACUUUCAUUAAAAAAGAGCAGUUUAAGCGGCA